UUAUCCAUGGGCGGCUCGUCCCUGAGCGGGCGUGGUAUGAGCAGGGAAACAAACAGCUCAGACCUUACUUCCUACAUCACAGCAACUCACUGGUGCUCUAUGCCAUAGAUACGGAUCUAAGGAACCCGCCACCUCCUUGUAUUCGUUUAACAGACACGGUUAGGUCAUAUACGGAGGUGGGGUGGCUGUUAUGCGCUAGGACAUAGCAGGACAAACAACGGAGUCAUUUCGUUGCUAUAUAUGGGGCACCGGGUUGCGCUGAAGUGUGCCCGGCAACGACAGCCCUGCUUUUCCCAUUUCAGUACAAACUGAAUGGGAGAGGGCAUCGGAGUUGGCUACUCCUGUGUGCACCCUUAAACGCUGGAAUCUGAGGAAAUUUUGACAGGAACACUGUCAACAAUGAGCGGAGAAAUUAUCUGCCAAGGAUGGCUGAGAAAGUCGCCACCAGAGAAAAAACUACGAAGAUAUGCCUGGAAGAAGCGCUGGUUCAUCCUGCGCAGCGGGAGGAUGAGCGGCGACCCCGACGUCCUGGAGUACUACAAGAGCGAGCGCUCCAAGAAGCCGCUGCGCGUCAUCGACCUGCACUGCUGCGAGCAGGUGGACGCCGGCCUCACCUUCAAGCGCAAGGAGUUCCCGGAGAGCUUCGUCUUCGACAUCAAGACCGCCGACCGCACCUUCUACCUGGUGGCCGAGACCGAGGAGGAGAUGAACAAGUGGGUUCGCUGCAUCUGCCAGCUCUGCGGCUUCAACCAGUCGGAGAACCACGAUGGUGGAGGGAGAUCAGCGAUGCACGUGCCGCGCUCUAUCGCCUCGGACCUGAGGGGACACACGGCCCCCCUCCUUGGAGACCGCAAGUCCUCCGGCACCGCCCACUCCAGUCAGCCCCUCCUCUUCACAUUCGACCUGCCCGCUCGCCACGGCAACGGCGCCCUGUCCAACAGCGCCCCCCAGGACUACCUCUUCCUCCACCAGUGCAUGAGCAGGAAGGCCGAGAACUCCAGGAGCGCCAGCUUCUCCCAGGCGGCGCGAUGCGGGCUGCUGGCAGGAAGUGACCCGGCUGUGCAGAAGCUCCCCUACGGCCCCGCCCACUGCCCCAACGGCGCCGGCGGCCAGCCGUCCGGCUUCAACAGCCUGCCAAAAACGGGCCGCCGUCGGCUGCCGUCGGUCCGCGACGGCUCGCCGCGGGACCCCUGCUACGACCUGCCCCGGGGCUACAGCCCGGAUGGGCGGGGCCGGGAGGCGGAGCUCAAGGACGUGUACGCCUUCAAGACCCCCAGCGGCGCCCCGGCCGCCGCGCCCCCUUCGUUGCCUAGCAACGACAACUACGACCUCCUCCCCUCUCCCCCCGGGUCCGUCUACCAGACGCCGCGCACCUUCGACAAGAACCACAACGCCCUGGGCCCGGCCGUCCCAGAAUCCCCCGGGGCGGAGCCCCCGCCCAGGCCCCCCAAACCCAGCCAGGGGUCCGAGCAGCAGCCGAACCAGCGGUGGGGGAGCCCCCAGUCCCUCGGGGAGCAGAACGGGGAGGCGGCCGCCCCGUCCGUCGCCUCACGAAGGAACACCCUCCCCGCGGUGGAGAACAUCCGCCUCCACAGAGGUUCCUCAUUUGAGAACAGUGAUCACCAUCGAAAGUAUUAUCUCAGUAACUCUGGCGCAUCCGCGGAUUCCAUCAGUAACGGGUUCACCUCCAACAUGAGAGCCAAGCCCACCUUGAAUCGCUCGGACAGCGGCGACUCCGAGGACAACUACGUGCCAAUGAACCCAGGCUCCGCCUCCUCGCCCUUUAACUCCGCCCAGGCCGGCCCCGCCCCCUCUCCCUUUAACCCCGCCCAGGCCGACAGCCCCCAGAACAUCUACAUUCCCAUGAGCCCCGGCCCGCACCACUUUGACUUUCCGGGCUUUUCCGCCACCCUUCCCGCCCGCAAGGGCAGCACCGCCUCCCUCUGUCACCGCCCCGGCCGCCUGAGCGACAUAACUCCGCCCCCCAUCAACCGCAACCUUAAGCCGGACAGGAAGUCAAAGCCAACUCCCCUGGACCUGAUGACCAACGGCAUUAUCGACGAGCUGCCCUUCAAGAGCCCCAUCACCAUGUCCUGGACCCGACCCGCGCCCGUCCUGAACCCCAUUUCCUCCCUGCACUGUCGCCCCAUCUCCACGCAGAGCAUCACCAGCACGGACUCCGCUGACAGCGAGGAGAACUACGUGGCCAUGGUCAGCCAGAACCCAGCAUCUACCUCACCAGCAGUGAGUGGCACCAGCAGCCCCGCCCCCAGGAAGUGUGGAAACGUCGACUAUCUGGACCUGGACUUCCAGCCCGGGUCUGUCAGUCCGCACAGAAAGCCCUCCACCUCUUCGGUGACGUCAGACGAGAAGGUGGACUACGUGCAGGUGGACAAGAAGAAGACGCAGGCGCUGCAGAGCACCAUGCAGGAGUGGACCGACGUGCGGCAGUCCACUGAGCCCGCCAAGGGCGUCAAGUCGUGACAGUGAGCCGCCCGCCAGGGAUCACGCUGUCAUCGCGGGAGAGCAACGGCUCCCACACACACAAACUUACACGCGAACUCACAGGACCACACAUGCACACACAUACACACGCACGCACA